AUGGGAUUGUACGCUUAUGGUCUUCGAGACACGACAGCUACAUACGGUACCAACUUCUUCAACUUAGUUCCAAUAAGUGCCUUCCUCUUUUCCACACUGGCAGGUAUUGAGAACUUGGGGCUGAAUACAAGGGCAGGUAAAUUGAAGGCAAUGGGGGCAAUUGUUUGUGUAGCAGGAGUACUUAUUGCUAGUCUUUGUGAUGGAAAAGCUUUCCAUAUCAGGCAUCUUAGUCCUCACUCUCGUUGGGCUCAUCAUGCGAAGUCAUCCAAGGAUCAUUGGGUUCGUGGCAAUCUCCUGCUGACUGGCUUUUGCUUGUCCAUGGGUGCUUGGUUCAUUGUUCAGGUUAAGUUGCUCAAGGUUUUUCCAUUCAAAUACUGCGCAAUAAUGCUGACAUGUGUCAUAGCAACAAUCCAAGCAACGGUGAUAGGAGUGUGCGUUGAUAGAAGUAAGGAUGCCUGGAAGUUAGGGUGGAAUCUCGAACUUCUUACAAUAGUUUACUCUGGAGCACUCAACACAGCUGCAUCAUUCUGCUUGAUGGCAUGUGCAAGUGCAAUCCGAGGCCCCACAUAUCCUCCAAUCUUCAUCCCAUUAUCACAAAUACUUGUGACCAUAUUAGAAUCCGUCAUAUUCGGUGAAGAGAUCAAACUCGGAAUCGUUCUAGGCAUGAUUGUGAUUAUUAUUGGGUUGUACUCCUUCUUGUGGGGCAAAAAUAUGGAAAUGAAACGUGAUUCGCUAGAUCAAAAUAUUGCCUCAAGUUCAAUGAGAAGCGAGGGAUCAAUCACUAUCAUUUGA